CAAACAUGCGACGAACGGAGAUCCAAUCUCCUCCGCCCAACGUCCCGUCGGACAGCCUAGAGGCGACAAUCGGGAUUAACGACGUGCUAAUUAGUCACUGCUUAGGCACCGUAUGACUGCAGUAGCUGCCUUCCACCGUACCCGAAAGAGGGAUCACGAUGAUCUACGCUUGGCUCGUCGCGGCCACUAGCGCCGCCGCGUACUCACGUUCACUGUGAAGACCCUAACAGGGGCCGAUCGCUCUCCCUCCUCCCUCUUUCGCUCUUGUUCUCUCAAGCAGCGGGUUGUUCGGAUCGCCUGCUCUCUCCUCCUGCGUCCCGACUGGCCUCGAGCCUGGUAAGCGCCUUACUUAUGCACUCGAUUUCUCUCGGAAAUGUGUGAGUUGUGAUUCGGAAGCGGAGGUCUUCGGUAGAUCUCCUUCUCCGCAUCCCUGUGAUCACUUUCGGUCGAUUUUGGAACUGAUUCAAGAUGGAGAGACAACAGUAUACGACCUCUCUGGCCCAGAGAUUCUCGGGCCAGACCUACUUGGGCUCUAAAAUUGUUCCGAGGAGGAGCAUUGCCGUCCCCGAGAUCAACAACUAUGGAGCUUUCCGCCCCGGAGUUCUCCCGAGGACUUCAGUGUACAAUCCUUUGUGCCCAAUCGAUUUGAGCAAGGGGCCGAACAUGGCCCCCAGCGUCUCCAGCAGCGUGUUCGUACCGGCACCAGCUGAGAAGGGAGUCGCAGGAUUCAUGAUCGACUUUUUGAUGGGAGGUGUGUCGGCAGCAGUGUCGAAGACGGCCGCCGCUCCCAUCGAGCGAGUGAAGCUUUUGAUCCAGAACCAGGACGAGAUGUUGAAGAGUGGACGCCUGUCGGAGCCCUACAAGGGAAUCGGCGAGUGCUUCAGCCGAACCAUCAAGGACGAGGGAGUGGUCGCAUUGUGGCGUGGAAACUUGGCGAACGUUCUGCGAUACUUCCCCACGCAGGCGUUGAACUUUGCGUUCAAGGAUUACUUCAAGAAGUUGUUCGGAUACAAGAAGGACAAGGACGGAUACUGGGUGUGGUUUGCCGGAAACCUUGCAUCAGGAGGUGCCGCCGGUGCUUCAUCAUUGUUGUUCGUGUACUCUUUGGAUUACGCGCGAACCCGUCUAGCUAACGACGCAAAGUCGUCGAAGAAGGGAGGAGGCGACAGGCAAUUCAACGGGCUUUUGGACGUUUACAGGAAGACACUGGCCAGUGACGGUAUCGCGGGACUUUACAGAGGAUUCAACAUCUCGUGCGUGGGUAUCAUCGUGUACCGUGGAUUGUACUUCGGAAUGUACGACUCCCUGAAGCCAGUGCUGUUGACUGGAAACCUGGAGGGUAACUUCUUCGCUUCAUUCAUGCUCGGAUGGGGAAUCACCAUCGGAGCGGGUCUUGCUUCAUACCCCAUCGAUACCGUCCGACGUAGGAUGAUGAUGACCUCCGGUGAGGCCACGAAAUAUUCGAGCUCUGCCGCUGCAUUCAGGGAGAUCAUCGCUAAGGAAGGAACCAAGUCGCUGUUCAAGGGCGCUGGUGCCAACAUCUUGCGUGCUGUCGCUGGUGCUGGAGUGUUGGCUGGUUACGAUCAGCUUCAGAUCUUGUUUUUGGGCAAGGCAUACUCCGGAGGCGGUGGUUAAGUGUAGUUAGUUAUGGAGUAAUCUGACAAUGACGAUAUUUUUUCACAAUUGUUCAAUUUUGCCAAUCAAAUCAGGAGCCUUGUCAUAAUAGAGGAAUCCUUGAAACAUCCUUGAGACGUAUCGGAUGGUUUUCUCCUGAGCAUAUACUAGUUAGAGGUUUGCAAGUCCUGGGACAUUUCACUACCCUCCUAGUUCACUCUAAAUGAGUUGAAUCAUGUGAAGAGAUGGUAGUGACUUCCAUUUAUACUGAAAAUAUCUUGUACAAUGCCGCAGGCAUUAAAACCAUCACUCUCUAAUGGUUGAGUGUGCUCAGAUUAAGAGGCUUUGAACACUUAAGACUCGGUCUCUUUUCACAUACCUUUCAAUCCGGACGUGUGCAUUGAGGAAUGUACGUUACAAACGUGCUAUAUACCCACCGUCUCAUUUGCAUUAUUUUAAAUGCUUGAGCCCUUACAACUGUGAAUUUAAAAGAAAUGUCGCCAGCGUUCAUUAACGAAUACGAGGUAAAAGUAUGUUAGUGUUGAAGGUGAAGUCGGAUUGUUUAUAAGUGUGUUGCAAUCAAGAAAUGAAGGUUUGGAGAAGGAAAAAUUUGUGAGUAGUAGAAAUCUGGAAAACGAAGUAAUGAGGAAGAAGGAAAAAGAUAGAGAAAAUUGUAGAAUAUAAAACGUUGAUACAGUAUUUUCUACACAGUAUGUAAUAAUGUAAUGAAAAAAAAUAAACUCCUAAUUGUUGGGAAAA